UACGUGGGAGGAAGAUGGCGUUCUCACCUUCCACUGUACGCUGCUCAAUUUCCCCAUUUUCUCGCAUUAAUAAUUAUAAUUAUAAUUAUUUCAACAAUGGCCAUAGUCGUAUCAGUAUCAGUCAACCAUCUCUCCUUCCUCAAUUCCGCCACUCCAAGCCCUUCUUCUCUUUACGCAAUCGUCCUCUUCUCGCCAUGGCAUCUUCCACUCAGUCCACCACUCAGAAUGUAUCGGUUGGGGAUGCUAGUGGCGAAGUGGAUGUAUUUCAACUGAUUCAAGCUCAUGAGGAAAAAGCCGCGAGGCUUCCUCCGAUUGAGGAAAUUCGGACGGUACUUGAUCACAGCUUACGCGGCAUGCUUUCAACUAUCUCUCAGAAGCAUGAAGGUUAUCCAUCUGGGUCAAUGAUUGAUUUUGCAUGCGAUGCCUAUGGAUCUCCAAUAUUAGCAGUCAGCAACUUGGCAGUUCAUACCAAGGACCUCUUAGCGAAUUCCAAAUGCUCAGUACUUGUCGCAAAAGAUCCUGAAGAUAGGACUGAUUUAGUGAUAACAGUGCAUGGUGAUGCUGUGGCUGUUUCUGAGAAAGAUAGAGAAGCCAUACGUACUGCAUACUUAGCGAGGCAUCCUGAUGCAUUUUGGGUUGACUUUGGUGACUUCCAAUUUAUGCGGAUUGAACCCAAGGUUGUACGAUAUGUGUCGGGUGUUGCCACAGCUUUAUUGGGAUCAGGAGAAUUUAGCACAGAGGAGUUUAGAUCUGCAAAAGUGGAUCCAAUAUAUCAGUUUUCGAAGCCUAUCUCGUCCCACAUGAACAAAGAUCACAUGGAAGAUACAAAACUUAUUGUUCAGCAUUCAAUAUCUGUCCCGGUGAAUUUUGCUUACAUGUUGGAUGUGGACAGUCUUGGUUUCAAUGUUAAGGCUGGCUAUCAAGGGAGCACUUUCAAGCUUCGAGUUCCUUUUACUAGACGUGCAGUAGAUAGAAAGGAUGUAAAAACUCUCAUAGUUGAGAUGCUUCAAGCUGCAAAGGCCCAAGUCAAUUGAUUCCAUAAUGAAGACUAAAGGAUCAUGCUACCAUCACCAAUUGCUUUUUUUUUGUUUCACACAUGGACGGGAAAAAGACGCGAAGAAUGGAAAAUGCUCUGUUUCCAGUAGUAUCAUUGUAAGUAUACGCGACGUUGCCUUGCUCUUCUGCCUAAGGGGUCGCUUUGUUACUCGUAAUAGAAGGAAAAAUCUGCUUCUUGUAAAAAUUUUAUAUGCAGAUUCUGUAGUUUCUAAAGGUGGGAAGUCAGUAAAAUGGAAAUAGAACUAUGCACAAAAAUAAGCAGCUUUGAUGGGUGAAGUUCUAAAUUGGUUAAUUUUCUGAUCUACUUGAGAAGAUUUGGAUACAAUCUGGUAUAAUUUUUUCAUCCUACUAAUGGCAGAUCCUUUGUACUUAAUUCAGCUGGAUUUAGUGUCCACGAGUCCCUAUCAAUACAUAUAAC